CGAAGUGAGGCAGUAUUUCCAGAGCCUGUGUGCAGUAAGGCACAUGAGUACACCGGGCCUCCGCACAGCUCUUACGGCCGCGAAAGAAGCGGUAAGCCGGCGGAGUCACGGAAGGUCAAGGGCAGCGGUGAUAGCGUCGACCGGCACGUCGGAGCACUUGGGUUGGGGAAGCGCCAUCCCUCUAUAUGGGGAAGGUGGCUCUCUCUUUUCAGUCUCCUGGCAGCAGAGCAGUGCGGGGUGAUCUCCACGUCCAACCCAGAGGGUCCUGGGGCACAGCAGGGAUGUCCGCGCGGACCUAGCAGGAGCAGAGCCAGGCCCCGCACGCCCGGGGGCGGGGCAGAGCCAGAGGCGGGACCGGGGCGGGGCGCGCCCGGGAAGGGGCGGAGCCACGGCGGUGGCGCCAAAUCGCGAACAUGGCGCCGGAGCGGGUGCGGAGCCGGGCGCUCUCCGCCUUCAAGCUGCGGGGCUUGCUGCUGCGGGGUGAAGCUAUUAAGUACCUCACAGAAGCUCUUCAAUCUAUCAAUGAACUGGAGCUUGAAGAUAAACUAGUAAAGAUUAUUGAUGCAGUUGAAAAGCAACCCUUGUCAUCAAACAUGAUUGAACGCUCUGCGGUAGAAGCAGCAGUCCAGGAAUGCAGUGAGUCGUUUGAUGAGACCAUAGAACAUGCUUUCAAUAUCAUAGGAGCAUUUGAUAUUCCACGCUUUGUGUACAAUUCAGAAAGAAAAAAAUUCCUUCCUCUGUUAAUGACCAACCACCCUGCACCAAAUUUAUUUGGAACACCAAGAGACAAAGCAGAGCUGUUUCGUGAACGAUACAUCAUUUUACACCAGAGGACUCACAGGCAUGAAUUAUUUACUCCUCCAGUGAUAGGCUCUCACCCUGAUGAAACUGGCAGCAAAUUCCAGCUUAAAACAAUAGAAACCUUAUUGGGUAGUACAACCAAAAUUGGAGAUGUGAUUGUUCUCGGAAUGAUAACUCAGUUAAAAGAGGGAAAAUUUUUUCUGGAAGAUCCUACCGGAACGGUACAGCUAGAUCUUAGUAAAGCUCAGUUCCACAGUGGGUUAUACACAGAGGCGUGCUUUGUCUUAGCAGAAGGCUGGUUUGAAGAUCAAGUGUUUCAUGUCAAUGCCUUUGGAUUUCCACCCACUGAGCCCUCCAGUACUACUAGGGCAUACUAUGGAAAUAUUAAUUUUUUUGGAGGGCCUUCUAAUACAUCUGUGAAGAUUUCUGCAAAACUAAAACAACUAGAAGAGGAGAAUAAAGACGCCAUGUUCGUGUUUAUAUCGGAUGUUUGGUUGGACCAGGUAGAAGUAUUGGAAAAACUUCACACAAUGUUUUCUGGUUAUUCACCAGCACCUCCAACCUGCUUUAUUCUGUGUGGUAAUUUUUCAUCUGCACCAUAUGGAAAAAAUCAAGUUCAGGCUUUGAAAGAUUCCCUAAAAAUUUUGGCAGACAUAAUAUGUGAAUACCCAGAUAUUCAUAAAAGUAGUCGUUUUGUGUUUGUACCUGGUCCAGAGGAUCCUGGAUUUGGUUCUAUCUUACCGAGGCCACCACUUGCUGAGAGCAUCACUAAUGAAUUCAGACAGAGGGUGCCAUUUUCAGUUUUUACUACUAAUCCUUGCAGAAUUCAGUAUUGUACACAAGAAAUUAUUGUCUUUCGUGAAGACUUAGUAAAUAAAAUGUGCAGAAACUGUGUCCGUUUUCCUACUACCAAUUUGCCUAUUCCUAAUCACUUUGUAAAGACUAUCUUAUCCCAAGGACAUCUGGCCCCACUGCCUCUGCAUGUUAGCCCUGUGUACUGGGCAUUCGACUACACUCUGAGGGUGUAUCCUGUGCCGGACCUGAUUGUCAUUGCAGACAAAUACGAUCCUUUCACUUUGACUAAUACUGAAUGCCUCUGCAUAAACCCUGGUUCUUUUCCAAGAAGUGGAUUUUCAUUCAAAGUGUUCUAUCCUUCCAGUAAGACAGUAGAAGACAGCAAACUUCAAGGCUUUUGAGAUUCUUAAAGACCAUCUGAAAAAACAAAAUUCAUCAAUUUUCUGCCUAAUUCUAUAUUUCAUGUAAUUUUGAUAUUGUUUACAGUAAAAUUAUGGUAAACUUUAGAGUAUUCUGUUUAAAUUUGUUUUAUGAAAUUCUGAUAUUCAGUUUUAACAAAUAUGAUAGUACAUUUUACAGAGUUUUCUAGGAAAAUAUUUAAAACUUAUUACAUAAAUUCACAGUAGAAAAAACAGAAAAUACAAACAUAAAAAGUUUUAACGAUCUACAAUUCCAGUAUCAGGGCUAUUCUGUUAAUAUUUUGAUAUAUAUAUGCAGAUUUUCCUCUAUGCCUACUAUUUUUUUCCUAUAAAAUAUUUUGAUUAUUAUACUAUACCUAUUAAACUUUUUUCAUUCAUUACAUCCCUAAGAACCUAAUAUGUCCUAGCACUGGAGAAUAGUGUUCAACCAGAAAGGAAACAUUUUAGAUUUCAUGAUACACCUUCAAAUGGGGACAGCCCUACCCUAAAACAAACAAGAGAAACCAAAAUAGGAACCACGUGAAAGUAAAACUGAUGAGGGCAAUUUUAUAUGGGUGUUAGUGCUGGAAGAAGUAUGUCACCAGGAGUUAGUAAGGUGACUUUUAAGUUCUUGAAAUUCAAGAUGAGCCUGUGCCCAGGAGCCAAGAGUAUUCUUUUUUUUUUUUUUUAUUAAACCAUAGCUGUGUACAUUAGUAUGAUCGUGGGGCACCAUACACUUGGUUCAUAGAUCAUUUGACACAUUUUCAUCACAUUAGUUAACAUAGCUUUUGUAGCAUUUUCUUAGUUAUUUUGCUAAGACCUUUACAUUCCACAUUUACUAGGAUUCACAUAUACCCUUGUAAGAUGCACCGCAGGUGUAAUCCCAUUAGUCCCCCUCCUUCCCCCUCCAGAGCCAAGAGUAUUCUGACACUAAGGUUAUGGGGGGAGUUUUAGACCGUGAGCAUGGAGACCAUUAGGGAUCAAGCCUGUGGACACAUGUAAGGAAUUCACAUGUGAAGCUACCUGAAGUUUUCAGCAAGGAGUGAAAGUGAUUUGGUUUUAAAAAUCAUUAAGGCAAUUGUGUUAAGGGAUUCAAGAGAAUUGCUGAAGAGACCUGGAAGGAAGCUACUGCUGAAGUCUGCCGCUGGGAUGGUGGUGGCUCAGCAGAAAUGCAAAGCAGACACUUGUGUAGCAAGAGAUAAAAAGACUUGGUAACAGAAUGGCCAGGCGAGGCAAAGAGGAAUCAGGAGUAACCUUAAACUUUAGGCUUAAAUAGCCCGGAGGCAGUAUUUACUGAGACUAGGGGAAUACACAGUUUGAGAUGUGAAAAUCAAGGUUUCUAUUCUGAAUAUGUAAAUUUGAGAUGCCUAACCAACAUCCAGGUGGAAAAACCUAGCAGGCGGUAGCUUGUUUCCUAGAGCUCAGCAUCUCUCCAGAACUGGAGAUGCACAAUUUUGGAGUCCUUACAAGCCUACAUAGAAAGGUGAAGUUGGUGGGUGGCGCCUGUGGCUCGGUGGGUAGGGCGCCGGCCCCAUAUGCCAAGGGUCGUGGGUUCAAGCCCAGCCCC